GGCUUCCGCCCCGCGCCGCCGACUUUCGGCAAUUUCCGACCGCGCUGUCCCCGCCGCGCGUUUUGCGUCCUGCGUCCAUCGCCAUCGCCCCCCUCAGUUCUGACGACGGUAUUCUCGUCGCCUGGAAGUUUCAUAGCCAUCCCCAGCGAGGGGAAUGGACACCAUGACGAGAUCCCUCAGAACCUCCUGACCGACACGCCGGCUGCUUCACAACGCGAUCUCAGGGUACGACACCUAUCCCCCAUACCGCUAACACCCGCGAUGGGCUCCGACGUGUGCCAGAAUGACCUGAGAGACAUUGGGGAACGUCUUCCUUGCGUUGAUGGACGGGGAACGCACCGUCUCUUAUCGUUUCAGAAGGUCGAAGCCGUCUGUACUGAACCCGACCUGGAUAUCCUUGAUGAGCGGUCAUUUGGCGGAAAUAUCUGGCCUGCAAGGAAUGAAGGGGGGAACUCGGGCGAGCCGAAAUAUGUAUACGCGCCUCUCACCCGCUGCAUAUGGAGGUCAGCAGGACGUCGGGAAGGCGAAUUUGAAUAUGUGGCGUCGUUUUUGGUAUAUAGUCUAGGAGCAGUGUAAAUGUCUUUGAGAACGUUUGGGCUGCCCCGGCGUCGUCCCUUAGCUGCAAUACACCACCCUCUCGUCCUCUACCCACCUAUUUCCCAUCACCAACGCGCUAGGUACAAAGGGUCUCAGCGCCUGUACAUCCCUUCGAACACAUUACCUAACACUCUCGGGCCAUCCUCUACCCUCCAGGCCCAGCCCUCGCGUCUGAAUAACCGGAUACCCAUAUGCCG